AUGGCUAGAAAAAUUGGAUCCAAUUUAGAUCACACCAACUUUCAGAACUCAAUUAUGCCUGAAUCACCCCCUCCACCUCAUGAUUUCACGGAUCACAAACAGCACAUGAAGUGGCAGGUGGAGCGUGAGAAAUACUCCUCGACUGUUCCUAUGAUACCGCAGGACUUGUCUCAAGGAUCACACAGCAAGAGCGUUUCUUCUACCGUUCUUCAUCGAGCGAUGAGCAAUCCUUUAGUUCCAGUAGGGAUGAUUGCCACUGUCGGAUGUCUCAUUGGAAUGCUAAACGCCACCAUCAAGCGUAAACCUGAAAAAGCACAACUGUUUAUGCGUGGUCGGUGCCUGGCUCAAGGACUCACUGUUGCUGCUCUCAUUGGUGGUGCUAUGUUAUUUGGACUGAAGCCAGAUGGAAUUGGGACAACCACUCAUAGUGCUGUUUCGAAACUCAAAGGCGAGAACAACCAUGUGUAG